AUGAAUGUAAACUUUGUAGUAAAUGCUUUGAUUUUCAUAAGUGUUAGAGCGGUAGUUUGUAGAAACGCAAACGAAUUUUACACAUUCAGAGACGCAAAGGCGACCUCAGUAUUUAUCGCAGCAAAUAACGAUUUUGAAAAGCACGGGCCUAAUAGAGCCUUUCAAAUAGGCUCGUCAUAUUGGUCGAGCGAAGGUCAACACAACGACACAGAUUUUGUGUCUUGGACGGGAGAAUUGUACGAGAAAGCGCUCAUAUCGCAGAUAAACAUUUUCUGGGAAUAUGCACCUAAGGAGGUUGAGAUCUCGUUUUCACUCACGGGAGAUGAUUUUAAUGUUGUGAUGCCGUUCAGGCCGACGUUUGAAAACAAACGCUCAUAUAAGGAGAAUUUUAAGUUAGAUGCGCCUUAUGAAACAAAAUAUGUGAGAUUGACUCUCAGAGGAGCAAUAAAUACGUAUUUCGGAAUUCGACACAUACACCUGGUCGGAUACGGGAACCCUAUGUUUAUGCUUAAGUCAGGGAUUUCGUCGAAAGACGGAGAGAUGUGUUUACAAUUGGAGGAAGGGAAUACGGAAAAUCAGCCGAGAGUCGUGUUGGACUUGUGCGUAAACGCAAUCGCAGCAGCCGACGGCAGAGAGCUGUGGAUUCAGAAUUCACGUCACCAAAUAGUGAGUGCAGUCACGUAUCCGCCGAAGUGCUUGACCACCGUGGAAUCUUCAAAACAUGGCCCAGUGAUAUUGGACGAUUGCACUGACGAAUCGUGUACUUGGGAGUUCGUGGGCAACGCGCAAAUUUCACUAAAAAGUGGGAAUAACCUGUGUCUUACUCAGCAGGACGAUAACUCAAAUGUGGCUGGGAUGGGCAAUUUGGUUGAAAAAUACGGCCCGGAGCUGAAGGUGGUAUCGUCAGGAAGUAGUGAUGGGCACGAAGAAAAGUUUGCAGUGGACCAGGAUGAGAAAACGUACUGGGCAUCACUGUUGUUUCCAGAUGAUGGGCAGCACGUGGCAACAAUGACGAUAGACUUUGGUAAGGCGGUGCACGCGUCGAGAGUGGUGAUUGACUGGGAGUAUCAGCCACUGAGCUACGCAAUCGAGGCGAGCUCGGACAACAUAACGUUUAAGCAAAUCGCAGUAAACCUAUCCAACGCAUCGCACACGACGACGGACGCGUUCCCAGGCACGGACUUCCGUCAACUUAGAGUUGUGAUGAUGAGGCCACACUAUUUGCACGGAGUGGUCUCCGGUGGGUACGUGUAUGGGAUCAGGGACCUCUCGGUGUUGUCGAGCAACCUGAUAACAGUGGUGGGUGAUUGCAGGGCGGCGGCAAAUAGCGGCGACGCCAGGGACAAGUACUUCGUGUCCUACGUGAGCGCCUUCGAACCGAUGCUGUCGCGCAAGAUCACAAGCAUGGAAAAUGACCUCCACGCAGUGAUAGCGGACGUUUCGGAUGAGAUGAACAGGCUCAAGGAGGCCCUAGAAGAGUCGGCGAGCUGCAUGGAUGAAAAGCACGACUACGACAGUCACAUAGACUCGAUAGUUAAGAAGGAGCUGUCGCUGUGGAAGACGUUCACGACGUGUAAAUGUAGCAUGGAGGAAGUGUUGCAGAGUGACCUUUCGACGCUGGGCGAGAACAGGAACAACCCAGCAGAAGAUUGUUACUUCAUCAGGCAGAAGGAGAGGUCCGGAUUCUACUGGAUCCAGCCGCCGUGUUCAAAACAGCCACUGAGGGUAUACUGUGAUAUGGACUCGCAGUCAUCCAUCUUUGUCUGGAACGGAGUCAACAGCGCGUCCAUCGCGAACGGGUUGAGCAGUUCAGUGCAGUUCCAGUGUGCAUCUUACGGUUUGGAGCCCUUUGUGAUUAAGUCGAAGCACCAGAUUGACGAAAUAAAGAAGGCGAUCCACAUAAUGGGUUUUGACAAGAAGUUGGAGUCAUAUAUACCGCUAGCAUACAGGUUCGGAUCGGACAACAAGUUCAGAGACUUCAUGAAUAUUUUCUCGUUCAUAUCGCUCCCACUACCAGGCAAUGGGAGUCUUAGUGCAAGUGGUGGUGCUCACAAUACUACCAACAGUGGUGGCAAUGCUGGCGUUAUCGGUGCUGGAACUGAUACUAACAGUGAUAAGGGUAACGAAACGAGUGGCACAAAGUCUAGCGAUAAUGUUGGUAAUAGUUCCAGUGCUGGCCAAAAGAAUACUGGUGUUCGUAAGGGUGCGAUCCACAACGAUGAUAGCGGAGCCAUCACGGCCUCUCCCGAUAGUGUCGUGGGCAUUGACGAUAACAUUAAUAAUGAGGAGUUGGAGGACUUGCACAUGAACGCCAUGGGAUUGUCCAUGGCAACCUCGGAACUUGAAAAGUUCGACAUGGAAACGUCGGAAAUAUCAGCAAUUGUCUGCUCUACGAAUAAAACUGAUGAAAUCGCAACGCCAAUAGAAUUGAAUUGUGGUGACGUGUUCGGGAAAUCGAAGAAGCUGUAUGGGUCGCUCAACACUAACAUUUUGGUCAGAUGUGUGGAGGAUUGCUCUGAAAAGAGUGACCUGUUUGUCUAUGGGAAGGAUGGACUGUACAGUGAUCGCAGUGCGAUAUGCCCGGCAGCAAUUCACUCAGGAGUGAUAGCAUCCAAAGGCACGUUUGUGGUAUCAGUGGAGAGUGGCAUGAAGUACUACGAGGGUAGUAAGCAGAAUGGAAUACAAAGUAUGUACUAUAACAAGUCAUGGCACGGCCUGAAGGACAUAAUUAAGGAGGAUCCUAUGGAAGAAAAGGGCUCUGAAGAAACAGAUCAGAGUUUGGAGCACAAUGGGCCAGAUUGUAAAUAUAGCAUAAGAAUACUGCCCUUGGAAAAAAGGUGCCCAAUUGUUGAAACACAAGGGUCAUUUUUACAAAUAGCAACACCUGUUGGCAGUGUAGCUAAUAGUAGUGCCACUGUAGUCACUAGUAAUAAUAGCAUUGAUGGUAAUGCAGGUGUAAAACUGGACGCUGGUACUAGUAAUGUCAACGACGUGAACACGAUUAGCGUCAGUGGUAUGGUGGACGUUGAUAGUAAAUUUGACCCUAACACCAUGAAGUACGCAAAUAAGGUAAUUGACACCAUGGACUCACUUUAUGGAGUGGACAACAAGACGGUGACAAACGUAAUUGAGCAGAUCGCAGUAGUGGUCUCCCAGGCGAAGAAGCGCCUUAGGUCUCUGGAGCCAAUACACAAUAAGCAGAAUGAGUCGAUAACAUCACUGUUCGACAGGGGUGGGCUGCUAGCAUCGGGAGUGGAGAACGUAUACGAUGCUUUGGACUCGAAACGCACACUUUACUCGAAUCUACUCGAAGAUGAGAAUGGUAAGAAUGUGGACGUGGCCUCGGACUUCGUGCUGGACUAUGCCACUAUGCACUUCAGCAAGACGUUCAGCGUCUAUGACUCGGCCAUGACGAGUGGGAAGAGUAACUGGGGGUAUUCCAACACGCCUCUGGACGGUAGGCAGGCGUAUGUAGUGCAGAGUGGGGAUUUGGACUCGGAACUGGUGGCCGAGGGAUCGUACGCCUUCAUUAACCAUUUCAAGUACUUCGACUUCGACUCGUCGUUCGACGUCAUGGCCAGCGGGGCCGGCUCCAUGGGCAUAGCCUUCAGAGCCCACGACAAGUUCAACUUCUACCUGUUCAGAAUGAACUUCGCGGACUCGAAUAAGCAGCUGGUAAAGGUGGAGGACGGAGUCGCGCAGGUCCUUUUGACGAACCCCGACGAGGGGUACGAAAAGGACAAGUGGUACAACGUGAGGAUCAUUUGCGAGUACUACUACAUAAGCGUGUACUGCAACAACCAGCAGAUAUUCAGAGUCAUUGACACGAGCUUCUUGUACGGCUACUUUGGGCUUUUCUCCUGCGGAUCGAACUCAUCUUUCCACUUUGACAAGAUUAAUAUUAAAAACAAAGAAGUAAAGCACGUGGAGUCGCCUCUGAGGAUGCAGAGGCUGAGUCACAUUAAGUGUUGCAACUACUCGGAAACGUUCACGGGCAGUUUGCACAAUAACUAUCUCAUCGUCAAUCCACAGUAUUCAACGAAGACGUCGUGGUCGUACGAGAACCUGUUCAAUGGAGAGCAUAAAGUAAUACACCAAGUUAAACCGAGCUUUGAUCCGCUGGAUAUAGGCUCAUUGGCAAUACUGAAGAAUGAUCGCUACUGCAACACCGGAUUUCUGAGAUUCAGGGCGCUUCCACAGUGUGAAGCGGGAACGGUGGGAGCAGUACUGCACUACAGGGAUGAAAAGAACAUGUUUCUGGUGGAGAUGAACGUUCAGGAGUUUAAAAUUAGGCAGGUGAAGGAGGGUGCUGUUAAGGUGCUGGCAAAGGAAAAAGCACAAUUGGCAAUUUCAAAGUGGAAUGUGAUUGAAAUUGAGAUUGGCCAGGACCACAUCAAGGCCAGGGCAAAGGUCGAUGUGGGACACAACUUUAUUCUGAAGGGCAUUUUGUCGUCGUUCGACUAUUCAGUCACAGCCUCAGUAUCAUUUGACAGUGGCCACUACGCUCAGUCGAAUCCGAUGGGGCUCAAGUCGUUGGCCUGUGACUCCUGUUACUUCGACAAUGUACAUGUUUCUUCUGAAAAACCGAAGGAGAUAAGCACAAACUUUAUGAGUCUUUCAAGCUCCUGGAAGCCCUGCUUGACCGUCAAUCUCAUUCAGAGGAAGAAGUUCUGUAAUCUCGUCAGUAAGGAUAAAAAGGCUGAGUGUUUAUCGCAUUUUUGUGCUCACUGUUGUGGUCACCAUGCGAGGCUACUUGGUGACCAGGAGACUCUAAAUUGUAUUAACAGUUGUACCAAGAACAAUCUCGUGUUCAGCUCAAAUGUAAAACGGUUCAAUGUAUACUUGGGGUCGUGCACUUCAUUCCAGGGUCCCGGGUUUGACCACUGCAAGGGGGACAAAAGCUGUUUGACACAAUCGUGUAAACUCUGUUGUCAUUCUGGACAUUAUAAUCAAUUUGAUCAGGACAGAUUCCUUGAAUCUGCCUAUUGUGAAAACAUGUGUAAAAUACCGCUUUAG